AUGCAAUACAAAAAGUCUACUCGAAUUGAUGUUGAACUUCAGAAGGAAAAUGAGAAGUCUUGCAAAUACUGGACUGAAGUCUUGAAAAGGGUUGUUGUAGUGAUAAAGUUUCUUGCUGAAAGAGGAUUAGCUUUUCGUGGUGAUAAUCAAUUGCAUAACUCUCCUAACAAUGGAAAUUAUCUUGGUUGUAUUUAUCUGUUAGCUGAAUUUGAUCCAUUUCUAAAAGAACACAUUCAAAGAUAUGGAAAUCCAGGAAAGGGAAAUGUAUCAUAUCUUUCAGCAAACAUAUGCAAUGAAUUCAUUAAUAUAUUAGUAGACAAAGUUUUGAAGCAAAUAAUUCGUGAAAGGAUGCUAAAUAUUAUGGAAUUAGCAUCGAUUCAACCCCUGAUAUUAGUCAUCUUAUCAGAAACUAGGUGGUCCUCUAGAAGUGAUGCCACAAGAGCUUUCUAUGCAAAUUACUUACAAAUUCGUCAAGUAUUAUGUGAAGUCACUAGCAGCAAACACCAACCACCACCAGCUGCUCAUGAAGCGAAAUCACUGAAUAAUAUUGUCAAUAAAGCCUUACAUGAGCCGGGUAUUGAGCUGUCCAUCAUCAUUAAAUUAUGCGAUAAACAGUAUUUUCAUGACACACGCAUUAAGUUUGAAACAUUCGAAGGCCAGGCAAAAGAUCUCACAGAAUCCGAUUACAAAGAAGCUACACAACGCAAGCCAAUACGGAAGCGAUUUGAUGACGAAGUUAUGGAUACAAGUAAUCCCAGCUUAAAUGUUAGUGCCAGUGAUAAUUUCCGUAUUCAACAGUAUUACGUUAUCAUAGACAGACUUAAUAGUGAGAUGGAAAAACUCAGAGCAGCUUAUAAAGUGUUGUACGAAAGGUUUAACUUUCUUCUUGACAACAGAUCUUUGUCGAGUGAGGAAGUAGUGGCUAAAACCAAGGCACUAAUUCAGUUGUAUCCAUCAGACCUCGAAGACGAAUUUACCGAUGAGUUUUUCCUGUUUCUCAAAUUUUUAGUGAUGGGCAAGUUGAAAGGAUAUAAUAAUUCGAUAGAUAAAAGAGUGAAGGAAUAA